UGUCAACAGUUGCGCUUAUAAUACUCUCACAGAUUAUACAAUCAAACACAUUUCGUCCUUCACGGGAUAUUAACAGACGCUGUUUUGACUGGCGCCCAACUUAUCCUCGCAGAAAGCAGGAAUUUGCAAAAUGGCUCGAUUUCUGCGCAGGCUUUUUUGCUGUUGCUUCCCGAAGGUUGAGGAUGACGUGACGAGUAUAGUCGAGCCUCGGGGUAGCAGAGGCAACACAAAUUGGACCCAUCCUUCCAAUACUGAAAGAAGUCAUGCCCAAUUCUAUAGCAGCAGUAUUACACAAGUGACUACUCUUUAUAGCAAUACUAAGAGAACUGAUACAAGUGUUAGCAGACAGGCCAUCAGCAGCGGUACUUCUAAUUCCACAAGUACUAGGGAGCCUAAUGCGAUUGUCAGCAAGCAAAUAUCAAGGGAUCUCAAGCACAAAGACAGUCUUUAUAAGCCUGGCGUAAGUGACAGCAGGCUUGAUACCAGUGAUGGCAGGGGGACGGCGGAAGCCAACAAACGAGUAAUUCGCACACCCGUGGCCGAUAUUUCCAUAGAAUCAGAAUGGGAAACGAAUGUGGGUGAAUACAAGUCUUCCUAUUCAUACCAAAAAGAAUCGAAAAGGGAAACCUUGGAAUCCAAAUACGAAGGACAUCCGACGCUCAAGCUGCAGUUUGGUUCCCGCGCCCUGGAGAAGGUCAUUAGAGACGACGGGGUAAACGCUCUCCUCGACCUGCAUGGAAUGACGGUGCGGGAGGCCACGGAUUGGUUCGAGUAUUUCCUCAGCUUUCACCAGGACUUGGGGACAGACAGCAUGAAAGUGGUGACGGGGCGAGGCAACAACAGCGCCGACGGGAAGGCCAAGAUCAAGCCUGUCAUCGAGGAUCUGCUUGGAGAGCUUGGGUUAAAAUUUCGGAUAAUGAGCAAAGGGGGAUGCUACCUGGUGUGGUUAUGA